UCUGUGGUUGAAACAUGUCCAAAUGUGGAAAAGUCACUGAAUACGUGUACUUUUUUAAGCAGAUGUGUGUUCCAUAUACUAAACCUACAUUUUCUCUACAUAUGUGCCUCAUGUGUCCAAUUUGGCCACACAUCUUCAUGUGUUUUGAGUCUUGAGGCCUCGCCAAUGAUUGGCCCGUUGAGUGUUUGUAGCUUUUAGCUCGGGAUCUGCAUCCUCAUUGGCUGCUGUGAGCAGGAUGGGUCACAGUGGAAGUCCACAUAAACAAGCCCGGUCAUUGAGUUAAGCGAACAGAGCUUGGCUUUCAUCCCUCAUGUACAUGUUAGGGUUGCUGAGGCUGCUGGACCUGCGCUGACUCUGGGUUGCUAUGGCCGUGUCCGUAUUGCUGCUUGCUUAUCCACAUGUUAUUUUGAUUUUUCUACUUCUUCAUGUAGGUGAAUGUCUUCUGGUGGAACCAAUCAUCUGUGACACAAGUUGUCUUGGGUCUCGGAGUGCUGACUUCUCCGCUCAGAAAGGGGUGAGAUACUCCUACAGGUACAGAGCGGCCAUCAGCACCACCCUCCAUGGCUCGGGCGGAGGCCGGAGCGGGCUGGCCCUGGACUGUGUGGUGGACAUCGAGGCGGUCUCCGACUGCCACCUAACCAUGCAGAUAAGAAAUUCACAGAUAAAGCGUCUGUCCCCUCAGAGGGAACACUCUGUCCUGCAUCUAAAAACUUUGAGGGAGUCACUGGAGAGAAUGCGCCUCAAGUUCUCCCUCCAGGGGGGAAAGGUCACAGCCCUCUGCCUCCAGGAGGGGGAGCAGGUGUGGGCUCUCAACAUUAAACGGGCUCUACUGAGCAUGCUCCAGACCUCCCCCAUAGUCGCCAAUUUCAGAGAAGAGACAGAGACUGAUGUUCAUGGAACAUGCACCAGCAGAUACGAGAGGCGAGGACCAACACUGCUGAAGAGCAGAGAUCUGAGGCAGUGCCAGCAGUCCAGGCUGGACCGUCUGUGGCCUCAUUCAGUCACUCUGACCGAAGACACGAUGGUGCGGAUGGAGCUGCACUGUGUCCAGCGUCCUGGCCAGUUGAUGGUGGAAGAAGUUAACUGUACUGAGGUUGUAUCAUUGGCAGCUUCCUUGACGCCAUUGGGACCUGUAAAGACAAAGAGUGUGUCCACGUUGCUCCUGCUCAAAACCCAGCCGGGAGCGUCUACUGGAGCAGAGUCCCUGAGUCCUGGUGUGUUCACUGACCUGCGGUUUGAAGAUGAAGGCCCUUUGAGGCCGACAAGUCUCCAGGAAGUUGGUCGGACCGUCGCGUUGCUAUGCAGCGUUGCAUCAGAUCCACAGCUGAUUUCCCAAGACUUCCUGGAGCUGGUGUUCCAGCUCAAAGACAUGACUCUUCCUCAACUCAAAACACUUUGGCAAGAAUCUUCUUUCAAGUGCAGAAAUGACUGGCAACCACUACUGGAGGCAUUGCCAGCAUGUGGAUCUGAAAACUGCAUUCUGCUGCUGACUGAGCUGGUGCUGAAUAAUGAACUGGAGAAAGGGCAGGUUAACUCUUUCCUGACCACCUUAGCCCUCAUCCCACACCCAUCACCUCAGAUCAUUGGCUCCAUCAACGGUUUUUUGGUGCGUCAAGAACUACGGGCCAAAGCGAUGCUGGCUGGAUCAUCUCUCAUCUAUCAGAUGUGCCAAAGGUUUCAAGCUUCCUGCGGUGAAACACCUCAGGUUCAGUUUUUCAUGCAGACAAUUCAGGAAAUCCUGAAUGCAGGGUGUGGGGAAAAGGAACCUCGUCAAAUCAGAGAGCUUAUUUAUGCAUUGAAAUCCAUUGGAAACAGUGGUGUGAAUGCAGCGUCCUUUAUUCCUCUGCUGAGUCGCUGCCUGCUGGGCCACCAAACUGAGCUGGAGCUCAAAGUCGCCGUAGUCCAAGCUUUCAGACGCUUUCCAUGCUCAGCUGACCGGUCGGUGCUGUUGCAGCUGUACAGAUGUUCCCGGGAGGAUCCUGAGGUCAGGAUCGCUGCAUACCAGCAGCUCAUGCUCUGCCCCGACCAGGAAGUGUUUGAAGUGGUGAAGACGACACUGAAGAACGAGACCUCCAGCCAAGUGGGGUCCUUUGUGUGGAGUCAUCUCACUAAUAUCCUGCGGAGUGAGGACCCCGUGAAGCAGACACUAAUUCAGCUUCUGCCUGAUGACAUUAUAAGCAAAGAUUUUGAGGCAGAGUUUUGGAAAUAUUCCUCCUAUUCAGAUCAUACUUUUGUUUCAGGUUUUGGGAUAAAGAAUCUAGAAACAACCCUGAUUUUCUCUCCAAAGUCCUUUCUGCCCAGAUCAAUCUCGGCCAACCUGACGAUGUAUCUGCAUGGCAGAGCACACAACCUUCUGGAGGUGGACGUACAUGUGGAGAACUUUGAGCCACUUCUGAGGAGCGCCUUUGGUCAGAAGACGGAGGGCGAGCCAACUGCUAAAAGUGGAAAACAAGAGACCAGGAGGAGGAGAAGAAGAGCAGAUGACGGAAACGGAAGAGAGAAAGAAACCUGUUUGUCCGACACCGACGGCUAUCUGAGCCAGGCCAGGGCUGUGUUGUUUGGAAGAAGGAAAGCAGACGAGGAAACACCGAGGUGUCGGGUUUCUGUGAAGAUCUUUGGGAACGAGCUCAGUGUGUUCACAUGUGACGACGUCCGUGACCAAAUCCAUCUGGGUUCCCUCAGCCUUGCUGGGCUGGCUGCCAAACUGCUCAAGGGUCAUGAGGUUCAUCUGAGCCACAGGGGUGUGCUGAUGGCUGAGGAGCUGCGAUUGCCCUCCCUGUCUGGCGUCCCCAUCAACCUGGGCAUCAAUAUGACCUCUCUCCUUUCACUGCACCUAAAAGGCAGCGUUAACUACAGGGACACUUCUCACUUCUCCCUGAAUGGAUACGUCCGUCCCAAUGCUUAUGUGGGCUUGUCAGCCAGGAUGGGGGUGGACGGUGCUCCAGGUCAGGCCGCGGUUGAAUGGCUCGCCGAGCUCAGGAGCUCCCCCAGCUUGGAUGGGAGCUUCCAGUUGCAAGAGGGCCGGGAAGUCCGAGUCACCCUGAACACACCGCAGAACUUCAUGGACGUUAUCUCUCUCAGCUCCAGAGUGUUUCAGCUCAGCGGAGACCACAGGGAGGAGAUGAAGGGACCAAAGAGUCGGAUCCAGAAGACCACCUGCACGCCGAAAAGCUGGUCUAAACUGAUUGGCUGGCAGCUGUGCUCCAACGUGUCAUACCCUUCACUUCCCUCUGGUGUCGCUCUGUUCCCAACUGGACCGGCCCAUCUGUCGCUCCGGCUGCUGAAGCUGGACAGAGGCCUCCACUACUAUCUGCUGGAGGCUGCUUACUCAUUACAUUACAAGAGGGGGACCUGGCUACCCAGAGAGGCUUCCAUCCAUCUCCUACUUGCCACGCCCCAGUCCUCCAUUCCCAGGGACAUGUCUCUGGACCUGGCCUUCAGCUCCCACAGAGUGCUGCUGAGAAUCAAACACCCACAGAAAACCAUCGUCUUACAGGGACAGUUUGAUCAAGAGAGGAAUAUAAAAUCUGGGAAGCUUGAGCUUAUAAUUGACAAUGUCCAUUUUUAUAUCAUGGGUUUGGUGGACAGCACUAGCCUUCAGUCUGAGCAGAGAACGCGCUACCACCUGGAAGCUAAGAUGGCCGCCGAUCAACGCCCCGUGAUUUUGUCUGCUAAUAUUACCCGUGGAUUGGGCAGGAAGAGCAGCCUCUCCGCUACUCUGAAGAACGUGUUCAGAGAGACGGCUUCGCUCUCAGUGGCUCUGGAGCGGCGGCAGGACCUAAGCAGCAGCAGCAGCCAGUACUCUGUGGAGGCGGAGCUUUUCUUACCUGGACUGGUGGGCAGCAGGAUGCUGGGACUGAUGGAACAGAAGGGGGCGCUGUGGAGCUCCAUCCUUAGGGUCAAAUAUGGGCUGAGAGGGGACUCCAGGAAUCUGCAUCAGGAGUGCUACACAUCCCAGAGACUGAGGAGAGGGAGGGACUCCAACCUGACGUACAUCAUGAGAGCUGAUCAUGAAUUCUACUGCACUAACACGGAACCCAUCAACCACAAGAUCCACAUGAAGCAUGAAGAAAGCCCCAGCCACAUCAAAUCCGUCCUGGACCUGAGCUACGGCAAACACUGGGAUGAGAUCAACAACAAACACAUGCUGCUCCUCAGUCAGUCCUUCAGAAACCAGUCCACACAAAACCACACCAGUUACACAUUGGAGUUUAACCUCCAGGUGCCUGAGAAGAAUUUGAACUACAGGACUCAGCUGAUGCACUCUCGCCUGCUGCAGCACGGCUCUGAGAGCAGCACUCACCUAAAAAUCAACUACAACAACCUGAUGCCUCUGGUGGUGGGGUUACACUGCAAGAGCCCCCCCGAAAACUCCCUACAUAAGAAAUGGGAAGGCACGUUCAGCAUGGACACACCUGGACUGAACAUCUACGCCGCCUACAGGCUGAGCCGGCCAAACCGCCACACCCUGCAGCUCACCUCGGAGCUGACGGCCAGCAAGUGGCUGAGCAUCCGCAACCUGGUUCUGGACGGGUUCUACAGGGACCGGGGCAGAGAGAAGGCAGCGCGCCUGGAGGUCCACACACCAGCUGCUACCUACGUCCAGGCGGGGGUUUGGGGUGCGGUGGAGAAGCAGGCGGUGAAAGCCCACGGCUUCUUAGCUUCACUUUGGACUCCUCCUCUGAAGGCGAAUGUCUCUCUGGAGAGCUCUAAAUCCAGCCACGCCCUGCUGAUGAGCGCCACAUGUGGCAGGCAAAAUGUCAGCUUCACUGCUGCUGUGAGCGGUGCUGAUAAGAAUUUGAAGAAGAGGCAGGCAAUAUUAAAGAUGGCCUUCACCAAGCCGAAGAGCCCGACCGUGGAAGUGGAGUUAGAGGGAUGGGUGGAGGAGCUGAGGAGGGACAGGAAGAUGUAUCAGAAAGCAGCCCAGCUCCAAUUUAGACAGCCCUUCCAGAACUUUCCUCAGACUCUUCUUCUUCGGGAAACCUUCACUGUGAACCUCGUUAAAGGCCUCUACGUUUUGGAGUCUAAAGCUGGUUUCCACGACAACAAAGAGGUCGUCCACACGUUGACUUUCGGUUACAAACCGCCAAGCCCAUUUGUUUGUUCUGCACUCAUUCACACGUUCAGCUCUGACACUUUUCCUUCAGACUCUGAGGUCUGUGUGACUGCCACCAGCAACCAGACACACAGAGAUCUACGAGGGUCGCUGCAGGUUAACGGGGAGAACAAACUCAGCCUCUGUGGGCAGAUUCAGCAGAGCCCCUCCAAUUCAAAUCAACAGACAAUAACAAUUAAAGCAAAUUUCACCCAUGAGCUACAGCUGCAGCUGCCCUCCUCUGCUCUGCUGGAGGGACACUUACACUGGAUCCCUAAACACAGCACUGACUUUGACUACCAGACCAGAGGAAAGCUGAGACUAGAGAGACAGGAGUGCACACUCUCAGUGCAGCUGAACGGAACAGCAGGAAGAGUCGGCCUCCGUUCUUCUCUCACUCAUCCCUUCAAGUCGAAAAUUCCCAAAGCGCUAGAGGUGAAAGCUGCUGUAGACGCCUCAGAGUUUGGCAAAGGGAGCAGUUCAUUGUGUGUGAGAGCGAAUGGGAAGAACAGGGUGACUGUGACCGGUCAGAUGUUCCACCGACUCCAGAAUCCAGACAGAGCGGUGAGACUGGACCUGGAUCUGUCCCAGAACCUCCUUCCGUCAGUCAGCGCCCUGCAGCUGAACAUGGCAGCCAACGUGUCAGCAGACAGCGUGACUCUGCAUGGAUCCGUGACACAGGGACAGGAAGCGCUGCUGGUCCAGGUCAAAGGGUCACAGAUAAACUCCCAGGUUCUCCGGCUGGCUUUGUUGGGGAAAGUUCACCAUUCCAUGUCCGUAUUGGAGGCUCUACCCUCAGUCCUGGGUCUGGAUGGAGUGUUAGAGCACUCUGAUACUUUAACAGAAGGCCACCUGAGGGUCAACGUGAUGGAAGCUGUACACAGCAUAGAGCUGAGACAUCAGCUGGAUGCUGCAGAAGGUCUGGUCAAAGGAGAAGGAACGAUAGGAGGUGAUUACCAGCGGACACAGGCCCGGCUCUGUGUUCGGUCCGGACUCCAGAACCUGUGUGCUAACGUCAGCCGCUACCUGGAGAACCGGGGAAACGGACAGCUCUCUGUUCAGCUUUCUCACUCUUUCCAUCGACUCAACACCACAGGCGUUCCUGGUGACAGCAGUGCUAAGGUGAAGUGGACCCAGGAUGAGGUUGGACUGUCUGUCCUCGUAGAGCUGCAGGCUGGAGCUGAGCAUGUCAGAGCUGAGUUCCUCAGAGACAGGACAGACCAGCAGUGGAGCUACUUCUCCAGGUUCCAGCAUCAAGUCGAAGCCCUGCAAACAAGAGGCCUGCCAGGCUCAUUCCAAGCCAGAGCACAGCACCAGUUAGAAACGGGUGGAUUUGACAUAAGUCUGGCUGUUAGCGUGGAAGAUGAGAAAAUGGCAGAGAUGUUUUUUAGUGUGGGGUCAAAAAAUGAGACGUCUGCUUUGGUGGUGAUGCUGUGGCAACACAUGAAGCUACUCCAGGGUCACAUCCCCAAUUCUUUACAGAUGAACUGCACAGGGGUCUCCACUGAAGACCGACUCUCAGCCCACUGCUUUGGAAGCGUGGCAAACCGGUCCGUGGAGACUCUCAUUGCUCCACAGGCCUCAGCCAACAUCUCCGUCUCCCAUUCAGGAUGUAACACAAAGCUCAGAGCCGUUCUCCAGGCUGGAGGGGAGCAGAAAGGUUCCAUCAGUCUGUCUGUGACCUGCAAUCCUCAUCGCAGUCUACGUGCGUCUGUUCUGCACUUCAUCAGUGCGGUGAAAACGCUCAGAUUUCCCACCAGCGGAGCGCUACCUCUGAAUGUGUCUGGUGGACGUCUGCCUCAGGUGGAUGCCAGCCUGGAGCUGGGACAGUGCUACCUCAGGGGGAGAGUGGGUGACUCCACCGCUGCGCAGGCAGCAGCAGAUGGCGUCCAGUCGCUCACUGUGAAUGUGAGCAGCCACUGUCCUCUGCUUCAGGGGUGGAUCCUCCCUCAGACUCUGUCUCUUUGGGGCCUCCUGUCGGUGGCUCCCUGCCAGCUGACCAUGUCGUCCUCUCUAAGGGUGGACGAUGAGGAUGCAUCUUUAGAGCUGAGUCGGUCCUGUGUGACUCCAUAUCUCUUUGGGAGCGUCAGUCAGUCAUUCUCUGGGCUAAAGAGCCGAGGUCUACCGCAGAAGAUCAGCGUGGAGGUUUCAGCUCCGGAGGGUUCGGACCAGGCUGGGGCCGUGGCUGUUGAUGUUGGAACAUGUAGGAUUAGAGCCAGGAGAAUCGCUCAGGGCAGAGGAACGGGACCCUGGCUUUGGGCCUGGGAGACAGACUGCCCCGGGUUACAGGUUCAUGUGAACAGCUCAGUGUGGGAGCAGUCUGGGGGUGUGUGGACAGCUUUGAUGGAGACUGAUCUGAAGGGCAGGAGAGCAUUCCUCAGGCUGGAGGCUGAACCCGGGCCAGAACUGAGAGUGGAGGGUGUGUUGGACCAUGACAGUCCCCCCAUCACUGCCCUGCCUAAUAGCAGUAGACUGAGAUUCAGCAGCUCUGGAUUACAUGCUGCAGAAGUUCUUGUUCAGACGGAGGAAUGCUGCCUCAGGGCUGGAGGAGAUGUAAUGUCACACCCUGACCUGCAGGUGUCACUGCUAUACCACAAUAACUGCUCUAUAAUUCAAGAGUGGUUCAGUCCAAACAUCCUGCAGGCUUCAGGCUCUCUGCUGAUCUCACCAGCUUCUGUUUCCUCCCACAUCUUCAUGGUGGUAGACGGCAAAGAGUUACACACCGAGCUGUCUGCAGGACAAACUGAGGUUCACAGGGAAGUAUUUCUACAUCUGAACCAUUCCGUCCCCCUGCUGAAGAAACUGGGCCUGCCUGUGAAUGUGUCCCUGGCAGUAAACUCUGAGAGUCACAGCAAUGGUUCACGCUCUUUUAUGGCCAACGGCAGAGCAGAAAAUCAGAGGUUUUCUCAAGAGCUGAAAAUGGAAAAGACAUCUGAGAUCGUGAAGGUGAAGAGUGAGCUAAAACAUGCGGUGAAUUAUCUGGACAAGCUGGGAGUCCCUGGAAGCAACAGCGUCCAGGUAGAACUUGGUUCUGCUGAAGGACGGAUCCUAAGCCUGGAGUCUCAGUGUGGAGCUCAGCAGUCAGGACUCAGACUGCAGCUGAAGACGAUUCCUGAAUUCAGAGAAGUGAGGGGAACCCUGUGGCACGGUUCGUCAUGGCUUCACCGCCGAGGCUUGCCCCUGAGAAUAUCGGGCCUUUGCUCCAUGAAGGGAGGGUUGUCUGAGCUCUGGUCCAGGGCUGAGCUCAGUGUGGACGGACGCAAGCUGCUCACGUCCGGGCUGAAUGUCAGCGGAGCUGCCGGUCGCCUGGCUGGGCUCCUCUCAUUCUCUCCUGCUGCUCUCAAUCAAACACGGACACAGCACAAACUGGACACUGUCUUAACUGUGCAGUUCAAAGGUCCUUUAAGAAGCGCAUCAUUAGACUUUCACCGCCAGGACCAGAGGUUCCGGUUGGCGGGGGAGGCCGGGGGCUGGGGGACGCGUGGCGGUACCAAGGAGGCCCGGUUCACACUGAGGCACACUGAGCGAGGAGAAGCUAGCCCUGCCUUCCAGGUGGAGGGCUGGGGGAGACUGACGGAGUCCCUGCUGAGGGGCUCCAUGGCCGUCAACCCUGAGCUCAGCUCUUCAUUCGCACUCAUUGUCCAAGGACACACCUCCACUCUUAGCAAGGAGCUGAUGGUGAACGUGGUCCACAGUGCCCCCCAGCUGCUGCCAUACCUGCCCCCACAGCUCCACCUCCGUUCUCAGUUGAACCAGUCCCGGUCCAGUGUGGCAGCGCUGGUGGAGGUGUUGUCAGGCAGGAGGAAGCUGUGGGCUCUGGGGGAGCUGGCGGCCAUGGAGGGCGGCUACAGGCAGACUGCGGAGGUCAGACACUCCUUCCCUCAGCUGCAGCCUGUUCCCAGGACGGUCGCAGUUAGAACGCUGUAUGAGGCCAGAAGGUGGCGCCACCUGAUCCAGCAGGCCACCGUGUGGGGCAGCCACCAGUUCAGCCUGUCUGCUCUGCACUCGGCUGCUCCGGGUCCGGACUCGGAGCCGGGCAACCGCACUCUGAAGGUCCAGGUCAGCGGCCUCCCCUGUUUGAGCAGUCUGGAGUUGGUGCAUGAGAGCUCCUUCCACAGCCGACUGGACAGCAUCUCACUGGGCUGGAAGAGGCAGGGACAGCUGGAGCAGGUGCGCGUUCUCAGGUCGUGGAGUCACUCUGAGGAGACAAACGAGACGAAGCUGGAGCUGAAACAUCCCUUCUGCUCGGCGCUGAGCCAGCUGUCUCUGCACACUCUGUCACUCCGCUCACCCAGGAAGAGCAGCAGGAGGCUGCAGGUACACAACCAGGUCCACAUUAGAUUCCAUCCAUUUAGAAGUGAUACUCUAAACCAGGGGUGUCCAAAGUGUAAGUGCGAUAAAUGUGUUUUUUUUGGGGGGGGGAGUUAGAAUAUAUGUUAGUUUAGAACCAAAAUCUGUAACUAAUUGUCAUUUUUGGAAUUGUUUAGAUUAUUUUGGUCAUUUAUAAACCCUUCCACUGAUUUAAGUGAUUAUGAACACAUUGUCUUUUGUUUUGGUAUAAACGUCCGGUGUGACGACGGGGGAGGGUUUCAUAAAAUUAUUAUUUUUGACCACUUUUUGAACUUACAAAUUCAGAUUAAGAUAACCCUUGUUUAGAUCAAGACGUCUUUACUUAUUGCUUUGUACAAUAAGUACAAAGCACAAUACUUAUUGUGCACAAUACUCUAUUACUUUACAAGAAAUAAAGUAAGUGUAUUUUUUCAAACAAACAAGUUGGAAGAGCGUUGAAGAACCAAACCGCCUGUCGCCUC